AUGGAGCUUCGGGAAAUGAGCGUCGUCGCGUCCGCGGAGGAGACCGCUGAACUCCUGCCUAAUCAGACUCACGAUGAUAAUGACGACGAAAGCUAUUUCAUUGAUUACGCGAUACAAAAGGAAAUUAUAAAUCGUAAUCGAUGCACCGCGAGUCGUCGAUUAUUAAGUCAAGUCGCUAAUUAUCCGGAAUUUAACGUAACAAACAGCAAUCAACAAAAUUUUCAUCAAAAGGAGUUUCCAUGCAUCAGCUUCAUUCACACUUCCGGUCCGAAUUGGCCACCCUCCCGUAAACGCGAAGAGGCAAAAGCACUUGAGAACCUUCGGAAACGCGUCGAACAGUCAAAACUAUUCAAGGCCAAUCAGAUCUCGGAUCCGGGAGGACCCGCGACAACCUCGACCCAGCUCAAUGAAGAACAACUCCAGCAGCUCGACAAUCGGCCGAAACUUUUGAAAAAAAUCCUAAGUAACAGGCCAAUGAGUAUAGCUCACGACAGCAGCGACCUGGAAACCGAUUGGAGAGACAGCGAAUUUAUAACCGAAUGUCUUUGCUGGCACAACGUUUAUCGACAGCGACACAAUGCACCGACUUUGACAAUGUCACCGGAGCUAUGCGAGUAUGCUCAAACGUGGGCGAAUCACUUGGCGCAUACGAACACAUUUUAUUAUCGUAACGAUCGUGAGGUUGGCCAAAAUUUGUAUUGUCGUCCCGGCGGUGCCGUGCCAGGUGACGUCACCGGUCAAGACGUCUCGGCUUACUGGUACUCUGCGGUAAGACAGUACGACUUUCUCAAAGAACCGGAUAUUCUCCAUGCCAAUGUCAAUGCAGGUCACUUCACGCAGCUGAUAUGGGCAAGCAGCCGAAGCUUUGGAGUUGGGAAGGCGCGCAGUCGGAGUGGCAAGAUCAUCGUUGUUGCUAAUUAUCAGCCGGUUGGCAACGUCUCUGGACAGUUUCAACGCAACGUAUUACCGCCUCUGCCAGAUUGCGGCAAUUUACCAUUGCCGCCACCGCCGAGAGUGCGCCAGUACGAAGAACCGCCCGUAUCCGAAAUGUCCACCAGCAGCAACAGCUCCAUCAGCACGCAAUAAUACAGAACUACGGCCAACUGCAUUUUCUGCCUCUGCACGCGAUGGAGCGGACGUCGUUGAACUUUUCCAGUCAUUUAUAUACACGUGCACCGCUCGCGCGAGCCGAAGAACCGAAGAAAAACAUCAAAGCGAUCCGAAAAUGUUGCCCUCGGUUACUUUCGUACUACGGCGACGACGAAGCCUUGCAAACCGAUUCCCAUUUUUAUCGUGAAAAUACGAAGUUAUGCUCGAAGUAACGCGGAAUUUGUUUUUAGACUUUGAUUAAAAAGCGAAUUUUCUAAAAGGGAAUUUUCAAAUUCAAUUAAAGCAGAAAGUCAACUUUUUUUUUUUACUUUUGAAAUGAAAUAAUUUUUUUUAUUACUCGCGAGUCAUAAAGUCUCGGUUUUUUGGCAAUUUGUUCAUUCUUUAAAUGACGAAACAGCAAAAAUCUCAUUUGGUGGUGAAUUCCUGAGGGAGCAAACCUCGCUCGGUCGAAUACAGCAAUAAAGAAAAUACGAAAAAAUGGGAAGUUCUUGCACGUGGAAAAUUCGAGAGCACAAAACGUACGAGGGAUGACACAACGACGCCACCUGCAGUGGCAAUUGAAAAAAGCAGUGCGAAUGGAAACGUUUGCUGAUGGAGCGAAAAAAAGCCCUGGAACGAAAAAAUAAUAGUGAUAAUAGAAACACGCGGGUCCCACAUUCCUUUCAAAUUACAAACGAAUUUUUAUUGAGAUAGAGAAGAAAAAAAGUGCGAAACAGACAUUAGCCGCAAAGAGCCACUUUGCCGACGAUCUUUAAACUGAGCGCAAAUCUCGACGGUAAUAAGUACGAAGAAACGAAUCUAAAUCCGCCUUAAAGCUGAGUACUGCACCAAGUCGAGAUUUCCCUUAUGGAAAAGUCCAUAAGAACGUGAAAUUCAAUCGAAAUUAUUAUUUUUAUCGCCGUUCAUUUACCUCGGAACUAAUUGAUGAAAAAAUCGAUAGAAAAAAUUAUGAUUAUUAUUAUUACACGAUAAUAGAGAGCUUAUGUGGGAUUUCGUCGAAUGCCCGAUGCGAAUUGGUAAGGCUUGUGUCUUGAAAAGUCGUAAUAUCCUGCUGAUUGAUAAAAAUUACUCAACAGGCGAGAUUACAAUCACGAAAUGAUAAAAAAAAUAAAUACAAAAUCUUAAAAAAACAAACAUUUGUAAAAAUGUACGUCGAGGUAAAACGAGCUGCUCACGUGUUUUAUCCAUGUUGUUGAAGCGUCAUCCACGCUCGUAGUUCUACGAUUUUUUUUUUGUAAGAAUGCAAAAAAUGGAGAAAUAUUGAAAAUGGAAAAGUUGUGUUUUAGAAGUCGUAUGACGAUGCGAUGUUUUUAGUGGCUCAUUCGUGGAUUUGAAAUGAAUGAGGAAUGAAGAGAAUCUUCAUUAUUACACGCUCGCUAUAUUUGCUCGAGCUUGUUUUUCAAUGAACUCUCGAGAAUCAGUUUUAUUUAAGUUCGAACAUGCGGUGCCUAUAAUUCGUAUAAGGGUUUGUAUAAAAUAUUUGCUAAGUGUGUAGAGUGUCAGGGUGUUUGUUCAAUAGAUGAUAUUGAUGAAUUAGCAAUUAAGCAUCAUUACUGAUAUUAUUGAAUGCCCGAGAGCGUUUUUUCGUCGAUGUUCGAAAAGCUUUAAAAAACAUCAUAGAUUUUAUUUGUUGCUGUUAACAACGUUUUUGUCUAAUUCGUUAUUUUUGGCACUGAGUCGAGAAUGAAAUGAAAAAAUAAAUAAGAAUCACGGUCGAAUGUGAUUCCAGGUAAACUGUUGACGUAAUGUUUUAACAACAUUUAUAAUUAAUAAGUUCGAUGUGGCCUAUGCAGAAGAUAAAGCGUUUUCAGUAAGUUCGCAAAAUAACAAGGAAAAAAAAACAUACAUUUAUUCAUUAUUAUAAAUAAAAUCGUGUCAUUGGCGUCAGUGUCCGAAUCUAACGAAAGUGAAUUAGAACACCAAACGAUUUUUCAAUGCAAGUGCUCAUGCAGUUUUAAAGGGCGCCCAAUCAAAUCGAACAUGCCCAAAAUUACGUGUUUUCCACGCCGGGCAUUUAUCAUUUCAAUUUUAAAUUAGGAUACAAUUAUACGUCUUUUUAUUAUCGAACAUUAUGCUUCGUUAUCUUUUUCGUAUUAUUCAGAUCAAACCUUUUUAUACAAUUGAACAAUUGGGUUCGUUUUCUUUUCAAGUCCGUAAAAAAUUAAUCAACCCAUCGAAGCAAUUACAUAAUACACUUUGUUGAACCAAUUUUCUUCUCUGUUGCAAUGGGAACGCAAAUUCGUUUGUGCGUCAGAGCAGACUAACCAAUUCAGUUUCGGUUGUUAAAAAAAACAAACUUGAACAGAAAAUAUUGGAAAAGUGAUAAGAAAAUCGUUCGUGAAUUUUUGUGAUUCUUAGUCAAUGGGGAGUUUUUCUGAUUGGCUUUUGUUGGAGAUUCACUACAAUAAUGCAUAUUAUUAUUAGUUAUAACUCCAAGUGGUUAUACGCGGAUGAAUGGGCGAAUGAGACAUCAUUGUUGAUUGCAUAGAUGAUAGUUCGUUAGAGAGAUAUUUUAUAUGGUUGUUUUUUCGAAGAAAUAUAUGACGUUUAGGAGGUGCGAUAGGGAAAAAGACAUUUACGAAAAAGGUAAAUGCUUGCACCUGCAAUGGUUCAUGUUUGCAUCGUUGACAGUUUCAAAUUAUACGCAAGUUUCGUAAUAGUUGAACAGUAUCCCGGAAGAGUAGCCUUAACAGAAUUGUUGGAGCUUUGCAGACGUUGCAAAGUCAAUGAAUUUCUUCCCACUUGAAUUUCCGAUCGAUGCACAAAUCUAAAAAAACUUUGACUUCCAUGUAUAAGUAGAUUCGAGAGAUUUCUUUCCAAUAGAGAAUGACGACACUGCUGGCGUUUUUCAACAGCAGUUUUUCUGCACUUUUUUUGAAAUUUUUUUCAAAUCAAAAGAAUUCGGAGUUAAAUAUGACUCUGCGAGUUGGUACGAGUGGUUACUUUGAGCGUAGAAAAAUCAUUCAAACUUAUUAAUAGACUAGAAAUAAUCUAAACAGUUGCGUAAUAAAACGUAGCGAAGAAUCAGACGGACGAGAUAAUCUCUCCCAAAUACUUAUCAUUUAUUUAGAUGAAAGACACGUGUGAUCAAAAAUAUUCAUUAGUCUUAGGAUUGAGGCGAGUGCUAACAGAAAAUGAGAAUGCCAUUAGAUCGACUUUACGUUUCCUUCUACCCAGUCGAUUAGGCAUCAUUCUAACUUCUCCGCGCUAAUGCACCGUCCCGAAAUGACGCUUGUAGAAUAAAAAUUUUAGAAUCGCGAGACAAAAAUCGAUCUCCCUCUUCGUAAAAAUGAAAUCAUUGCUCGGACGAUCAAGAAACUCAUCGAGUACGCUCAAAUUUAAUAAUGCUCUAUAAAACGCUCGUGGAAAUGUACGAAAUUAUUGCUCUUUAAUACGUUGGUGAAUAAUUUCUCCAAAAAUAGUGUUCAGAAAUGAAAAAAAUUCCAAUUUUCAUCCGCAUUAUUUAUACUGUAAGAAAAAUCAAUAAAAACCAUCCGCUCAGGCGUCGUUUGAGCUGCGAGGAAAACUCUUUACUUCGAACUCGAAUAGAGAGCAAAAAAAAUUGUUGUUCAACGGAAAUUAACUCUACGAACACACAACGAUCGUAUGAAUCUCAAUUGCAAUAAUGAGAAAAAUUGAAUUUACGUCAGUAAAUCGAUAAAAAUUUGAUUAAUUUGUAAAUUAUCAAUCAGCCCAAAUUCCUCGCGAAGGCCCUUCAAGCCUCGUGACAAAACGAUGCGGUCCUGAUAGCAAAUACGUUGUACGCCAAAAUGUCAUUGCUUGACGUAUGAAACACCGCAAGGAUGUGAGGUUUACGAGAGACGGCUGAACCAGUGGAGGUGAAAUGGUCCGUUUGAUUAAUUGUGUUAUCCAUGCAGACACCCACGUCGAGGAACAAAGCCUCGUUCGUGUUUAACAAGCGCACUAAUAAAUUAGUCUAAUUAACGUGUCGAGUUGAAUGUAAGGGUAUAAUGUAUAUAGGAAGCGUAGAGCGUGAUGUUCUCUCGACGGGCAGUUUCAUCAAACAAUGCUUCAGCUUGCUCUUUCUGUAUGAAAUUCCUGAUUAGACCGUCCCUCGAAAUUUAUUCAUACUCGAAAAAUCCCGACAAUCCAAUUUCCUCAAUUCCUUUCAUCAAAUUGAAUAUCCAAUUUAUUUUUUCGUCUCUUCAUUCUUCGAGUGAUUUUUUAAAAACGGAAUCUUCAAUGAAAGCCCACAGCGAGUUGAGUAAUAAUGAAAAUGAUUUAAAAAUUUAGAAAAUUCGAGAAAAGUUUUCAAAUUCUCCAUGUUUCAACGACGCACAUUUUAUUCCCCAUCUCCGAAUAUUUUCGCGUUCAUCUUCUCGAGAGCUCGAGGCUUUUCGAAUCGGAAUGAAAGUAAAUUACGUGCACACGCUCUCAUUGGAAUUUUUCGAGUCCAAAAGUCACAGGGGGAGCUUCAAAGUGAUAUAGAAAUCCUUUCAACACGAAUGUUUGCUAUUUUAUACUCGCCGGGCCGGACAUCAAUAAUUCUCGGGAAAGGGAGCUCAACUAAAACGAUUUAACGAAUUAAUGAGUCCGCUGGAGGAAAUUCCACUUCGAGGAAUCGAACCUUUCUGAGUGACGAGGACGAGAUGACUCGAUGAAGUUUGUGGGGGAUUGAGAUGAGAUAUAUACCGGUGGAGAGAGGAGAUACGGCGAUGGUAUGGGGGAAGUUGGGUACCUGCAAUGCGCCAACCUUAAUCUCUCCUUCUCUCACGUGUUUCCUCUCCACAUUUUCCUUCCCUUAUUUCAAUUUUCCGACAAUAAUUACAAAAUAUUCGUUGGAAAAUUCUCGUUUUUCUCCGCAGCUCAACUUAACGAAACAACAAAAAAAAAAAAAAAAAAAAAAAAACAUUCUCUUUAUCAAUUUCAAAGUGGAAGGAUUUUUUUAUCCUGCGUUAAGCCCUCGCAGAAUUUAUUCACAUUUUCCCAUAAACCGCUUUAUAAUCUCGUACAAUUCUUUAAUGAGCGACGAAACUGUCGAGAAUGAGAGAAUAUGAGAAAGAGAGAAUAAUUGCUCUUACAAAACGAUCUUCGGCUUUGAUACUUCCUCGAUAAUUAAAUAUCCCUUUACUCGGAUACUGUACUAAUUAUGUAGUUAGAAAUAAUUGAUAACUCGAAAACCACUUUAUUAACCGUCGACGACAAUGCCAAAAAGUAGCUGCAUACGUGUACGACAGACAUAUCCAACACUUUUUGCUAUUUUAGUAAAUCUGAAAAUGUAUACCGAAGUAUAAAAACAAGAACGAUUAAAAAUUAAUUAUAAUGCCAUUUUAUAUCGGUGGUCGCGACGUUGCCGUGCGAUCGAAUUUUUUUUUCAAUUUUUCCUCACAUUUCUACGCGAUUUCGCCUACUUGGAGAUUUUUUUUUCCAAUUAUUGCAAACUUUAUGGUGUAUUCCGGACUUUUUUUUCGAGAAUUAUUUAUUCGUAUGCUAAUCGAGGAACGAGAGACCGAAUUAACCUCGCAAUCAAAAAGUUUUGCUUCGAUUUUAAGAAAAGUUUAUUUUUUUACGAAUUAUUGUGAACUCCUUUCAAGAUUUCAUUUAUCCAAAAUACUCAAUAAUUUUUUUGAGUUCGAAGAUUCGAAUUGUCAAAAUUUUCGAGCUCCGCGGCCGAGCGACCACAAAAUUUAUAAGCUUAACGAUCUUACAUCGUGCCAGCACAAUCAUCGAGGUAUCCUUAAAUUAAAUCUUUAUGAUAAAUACGUAAACCUGAACGAGAGAUGAAGGAAAAAAGAAAACUGAAAAAAUUAAAACCAACAAACAUGAAAUCUUUGCAACAACGACGAUGAUUUUUUGCGAGAGGGUAUUGGCCAGCAAUGCUUGAUUCGCUUGGUAAAUAUGAUAAUCGAAAUAAGAGCUUCUUUUCUGAUUAUAUAAAUAAUAAUAAUAAUUCUACAUGCAUAGAGAGUUAAGAGAAGAAAAAAAAAACGAUUGAUCAAACCUGUACGAUGAAACUAGUGCAAUGGGCUGUGAUUAUACGUUAUAGCGCGCGCGCACGCACACACGUAUUAAAAACACUGUAAAACGGAGUCAGAAUCGAAAAUGAAUGAAAAAAAAAAAAAAAAAAAAAAAAUUUUACACAAAAAAAGAAGCAAAAUGUGAAAAACUCCUCGCAAAAAGCCGCUUAACCGGAUUGACGAUUAAUCCCGAGAUCGAGGAUACGAUCGAUCGUAAUUAUAAAAUAAUACAAAAGUCCCUGGAAAAACAUAAUGAACGAUAAUUACGAAAAAUAUUGGAACCGUGUUCAUCAUAGGUUAUUUACAUAGAAUCGUGUGAUUGGCUUUAAAAAAAAGGAGCUUCGAGACUGCGAAGAAUGUAGAAAACUGUGUAAAAACGAAGCGCGAAUGUUUUAAUUUUUUUUUUUCUACUUAUUUCAUGUUGAAUUAUUCGUAAAAUAUUAAUAGAAUAUUUUUCAAGCAUUCGCAUGUAGUGCGUACAUUCGCCGCACAACCCUCACGCUCGUAUACCAAAAAAUGUGACGGAGUCUUGAUUUUUCGAAGCAAAUAAAAUCGUUCGAACGCCCCUGAUCCUUAUUACCCCGGUUGGAAUCGAAGUGACCCCUAUUGGCCUACACGAACAUCGUACUGACUCUCAUUACCCUGCCAGACAAUCCUAGCGACUCUUAUUACCCCGAAAGUCGUAUCGAGUGACCCGCAUUGCCCCCUCGAGACUCCGGUGCACAAAUAACGCUUUGCAUCGUAUUAUUAUUGUUGCGAAAUACAAUAAACAAUAAGCACGCCUAUAUUAUUACCUCAUUGAGAUUUUAGCGAAAAGAAUGACGAUUAGAUGCUAGUCGGACACACGUUGUUGAAUGAACACACACGCGGAACAAAAAAACAAUAAUGUGUUAUCGUUUUUGAGAAUUUACGGAAGACAGCGAGAAAUGGUUCAAAAAUAUUAAAAUGAAUAAAUUUUAGUGUGGUUGAUUGAGGAAAAAAUGCAAGUGUCUUCCUUAUAAGAAUGUUCUUGCAUAUAUACGAAAUAAGUUCCUAGGAAAAGUUAAAGUUGAAAAAGCGUUGAAGCAGGAAGUGUGUAGCUGGCAGUGAAUUGAAGUGAGAAAUGUUUGCAAGAUCGCGCCGAUAAUUAAUUUUGAUUCUGAACGUGAAAACAAUUCGUGUGGGUUCGAUGUGUUGAAAAUGGCAUACUAUUUGUACGAUUUAAUAAGAUUCGUGAUACUCAAACGAUGCCAAUGUAAUUUUGUGUUUUCCCUGCGAUUUACCAGCUGUCACGGUGUGCCGUAGCGUUCUCAUUGGAAUCCGUAUUACGAUGAAGUCCACGUGAUUUCUUUGUGAAUUUUAUGACACUGUUCACAGGCGGGCAUAAAGGAAUGGUAUUUAUGUAAUGCAACAACAGCGACUGUUCAAACCCAAUAACCUCUGUUCGACGAAAAAAAAUGAACAAAUAAAAGAUCGUACGUGUAAUCCUUAUAUGACAUCUGAAUAAAUCAUUGUUAUUGACUUUGGAGAAAAAUA